AUUUAUAAAAUCAGCACUAAGUUGCUCCCUCAUCCGUCCGUGAAUCGGCCCCCGGGCGUCCACAGGGUCGGGGCGGAAAGGGGAAGGGGGACUCAGCUCAUGAAGGAUGAAGCUGUUGGGUGUUCUAUUAUUCCUCGGCUCCAGUCUGCUACCUAGUAGGACUGCCCCUGUACCUCAAGAUGUCGACUGCAACGAUUCCGAUGUCUUCAAAGCCGUGGACCGGGCCCUGCGGUGGUAUAACGAACACCUCAAAGACGGCAAUCAGUUCCUGUUGUACAGGGUAACCGAAGCCUCGAUGACGACUGACUCGGAUACCUUUUACUCACUAAAGUACCAGAUAAGGGAAGGUGACUGCCCUGUCCAAAAAGACAAACACUGGCAAGACUGUGACUAUCGAGAAGCUGCCGAAGCUGCCACUGGAGAGUGCACGGCUACAGUAAAGACAAAGAAUAAAGAAAAAUUCACGGUGUCUUUGCAGACUUGUCAGAUUACUCCAGCUGAAGGCCCAGUGAUUACAGCGCAUUACGAGUGCUCCGGAUGCAUACAUCCCAUCUCCCCUACCAGCACAGACUUAAUUCCAAUCUUGAAACAUGGCCUUCAGCAUUUCAACAACAGGACUAAUCAUCCCUUCCUCUUCCGAGUUAACGAAGUGAAAAAGGCCCAAAGGCAGGUGGUGUCCGGAUGGAACUUUGACGUUCACUACACAAUUAUACAAACUAACUGUUCCAAGCAGGAUUUCGAAGAGUUACUUCCAGACUGCAAACCCAUGCCCGGCGGAGAUACUGGUGACUGCAGUGAUAAAGCAUUCGUGGAUCCUCAUAUGAAAAUUACUGGUUUUGUACAGAACUGUGAGCUUUUUCCAGGAGCGGAGUGGAUCCCACCACCUGACUUGAUGUGCGCCGGCUGCCCCCAGAAUCUACCGGUCGACAGCCCCGAGCUGAAGGAGCCGCUGAAACAUUCCCUCGACAAGGUGAAUUCGGCGGAUAAUUACACCUUCUAUUUCAAGGUGGAAACCAUCAGAAAAGCUACAUUCCAGUUGGUGGCCGGACAAAAGUUUUCCAUCGAGUUUCUUGUCAGGCAGACCAGAUGCUCCAAGGAAGACAAUGAAAAGAUGCCUGAAGACUGUGAGGUUGACAGCAAUGGAAAAGUUUUAGUCUGCAAUGCUAUGGUUUACAUGGUGCCUUGGAAGAACGAAGUGUUUCCUACCGUCACGUGCCAGGAUCUCGAAAUGAGUUCAUUCCUGAAGAGACCACCGGGAUUCUCUCCUUUCCGAUCAGUACAGACGCCCGCUAAAGAAGGAUCAAAUGUAAGUCCGCCCCAACCUCCAAAGGCACCCGACCGAGAGGAAGAGCAGGCUCCGGGAAAAAGACGCGGACACCCCCUCGGCCACGACAGUUGUCGUGGCCGCGGGCCCGGCCAGGGUCGUGGCCGUGGAUGUAAAAGAGCCCGUGACCACGAACGGAGCCCCGAGUGCGAUCGCGGCCAGGGAAAACACAGAAAUAAGGACAGGCCCAGAGGAAAGCCCAACGGUGGGAAGAAAAACUGUCCGGAGGACAAUUCUAAUCCUUCCCGACCGGAACAGAUAGAUCCCGAGGAACCGGGGACUCCGCCUUCUAUUCUGAGGCCUACCCACCAACCCCGGCCAGAGGGCGCGGUUACUCUUUCGUACUUUCGAGAUUCAGAUCUCCUUUCGCCCGAUACACCUUUGGCCGCAUUACCUCCCUCUGACGGAGAUCUUUUCCCCGAAAUCCAAAGCGAACCAAAGGACUUUUCCCUUGGAUUAUUAGAUUUCCCAGAACCUCCCCCCCCAAAAUGUCCCGGGCGCCCCUGGAAACCGAUUCAGGGGAUGGACCCUGCCACAGAAGAGAAACAGUACGACGACUUCGAUCUCUUCGAUGCCGUAAGAUAAUUCAUACGGCCCUGAGGCUUCUCCGUCCCUCCGAACCGAUCCAAAAUCCCCAACCUCAGGGACCGGGAAAAGCAAAACCUCAAAACGACCUGGGGAGAAAGAGGGAGCCUCCCGGGAUAAACAGUAUGAGCCCCGAUAGAGUGACCGGAGGUUAGCGGCGCAGCUCUAAAUCGGGCCUCGACUUCCAUUCUCUCGCGGGCCUUUUCCGAAACGAAGCGCGGUGAUCUGAAGCUGCCGAACCGCCGCAGCUCUUCCUGUUCACUGGCGUUCUGUGGCUCGUCCGGCUUAUGACGACUAGGGCGACGUAUUCCCCGCUCGAUCUAAAGGAUAUGUAACGGUAAUAAAAAAAAAAAAAAAGAA